AUGACAGCCGACGAGCACCUGAUCCUCGUCCAGCAGCUUCUUGAAGACUUCGGAAGAGAUCCUAUCGUCCGGGUGUCUUCCUCCACAGGAGCUCCGUACACAAUCUACCUGGACCUUCCUUCGAGCAGCAAUGGGAAACCUGCUCCACAGCCCGACGACAAGCCCGGCAAGAACAUCGAGACAGCUCAGGACACCGAAGCUGAAGCUGCACUGCGCGCGACGCCCUCGACAGAAGCAACCAUCACACAGCACGCUUCGAAGCUGGGACAGAUGUUCUGCCCCUGUCCCGGAUUUGCCUAUCAGUCGCUUCUCACGGACAAAGCAGAGAUGUGCAAACAUUUGCUGGCGGUGUUACUGGCGUUCUACGCCGGCAAGUUCGUAGACACCGACGUCGGCGUCCCCGCUGUCGUGGGUCUGCUGAAUCUGGCUCCCGUGCAGUGA